AUUUCAUCGCCGCGGCAGCAGUUUCUAGUUCCGCAACAUCCCGGCUUCAAGCUUCUCUCGUCAUCCAUAUCUACCCGGUUCGUCUUCUCCAUUCGUUUCUCUACUUGUUAAAGCAUGAACCUGAUAAUGAAAUUGCAGGUAAGAAAGAAGUGAAGAGGAUGGGAGAGAAUGAGGGGACGGCACGCGUGCUGAUGCUGGGCUUUCCUGCGCGCGGUCAUACAAGUCCAUUGAUCCAAUUUGCGAGGCGUUUGGCAUGGAAAGGGAUCCGAGUCACCUUCGCUUCCUCGCUUUCUGCAACACAAUCUAUUCAUCAAACUGGAAUCACUUGAUCUCUCUCUUAUCCACCUAAGAUGAUUUCACACAGGGCGGGCUUGAGGGCUUUGUCGAAAGGUUCCAAAAUGGCACGGUCAAGAUCUUGAGUGAUUUCAUCAACAAGAGCUUGCAAGACUCCAGCCAGCGGAGGAAGGGCAGGUGCUUGAUUUAUGAUUUUGAUCUUCCCUGGGCUCUGGAUAUUGCCAAGCAGACGGGUAUUCAGAGUGCUGGAUUUGCCACUCAGACACCGGGUGCUAUGGCAGCUUAUUGUAUGCUGAAUCUGAAGGUGCACGGUAAGACAUUGAACGUGCCAGCUUUAGACAUACCGGAUUUCUUAGACACCGGAGUUUCAGCUGUGGUAGACGGUCCGGGGUUAGAUAGGAUUUUCCCUGUUCUCAGAGUUUCAUUAAGCAAGUUCGGUAACUUUGGCAGAGCGGAUAUUUACUUUUGUCAGACUUUUGAUAAGAUGGAGCACGAGGUAUUGGAAUGGAUGAAGAACAUUUGCCCCACCAUUGCAGCAAUAUGGCCAAUGGUGCCAUCAGCUUACCUGGAAAGCAGAAUGGAAGACAGCGUAGACUACGGUUUCAACAUGAACAACCAAGACCGUAAUGCACGUCUGGAAUGGCUCGACAUUGCAUUUGGGAGCAUGACUGGCAUGAAAACAGAAGAGAUUAAGGAAAUGGCGAUGGUAUUGAAGAACCUAGGCCGCAAUUUCCUGUGGGUGAUGAAGGAAACUGAAAUGCCAAACCUUACAACAAACUUCGUGGAGGAAGCAUAAAAGAAGGGGAUGUUAUGUGGCAUGGAGCCAUCGAUUGAAGAUGCUGUCGCAGCCUGCAGUAGGAUACAUAGUGAUGCACUGUGGAGCCAAUUCCCUUAUGGAAGCAAUAGUAUUUGGGGUUCCAAUGGUGGGGAUGCCCAGGUUCGCAUAUCAAGUACCCAAUGCGUAUUUUGUGGAGGAGGUGUGGAGAGUGGGUGUUAAUGCGAAGAAGAAUGAGGAGGGGGUGUGUAAUGAGGAAGAAAUCGAGAGAUGUUUGAUGAGAGAAGGAAGGAAAUAAAGAAGAAUUUGAUGAAGCUGAUGAAGUUUGCUAAAGAGGCUGCGAGCGAAGGUGGAAGUUCUGAUAAGCACAUGGAGGAAUUCAUCUCUAGGCUUGUGCAAGGGCCUCCUCAUUACUGACUUCAAACAGCAACACUCUUUCUUCAAGGAUUAUCCAUCUCUUGCAUCACCUAGUUCAACUCUUGAACCUUUGCUGCUUUAUUACUCAGAUUGAAUCAUUUGUGUUUUGGAUAAACGUUUGCAAAACUGAAGUUUUCACUAACUUCCGUUUACAAAUGAAAGGUUGAUUCUUAGUUA